GUGCUCGCUGUAGUUUGUUAUAAAGUGUUCGGAAACCGGAAGUCCCGCCCUUUUCAUCUCCAAUACGACAGGCAGGCUUCAGUCUGCUGAAACGGCAGCAUGCCACGCAAAAUUGAAGAAAUUAAGGAUUUCCUGCUGACGGCCAGGAGGAAGGAUGCCAAAUCUGUAAAGAUCAAGAAGAACAAGGACAAUGUCAAGUUCAAGGUUCGCUGCAGCAGAUACUUGUACACUCUGGUCAUCACAGACAAGGAGAAGGCUGAGAAGCUCAAGCAGUCACUGCCCCCUGGUCUGGCUGUGAAGGAGCUGAAGUAAAGCUGCCAUGUACAUUUAAUUGUAAUAAAAAUUGGAAAACUAAA